AUGACAGCGCAAUCCAACCCGCGUACAGUGGCUCAAGGAGAAGGCAGGGGCCUGCAUAUCAUCGUGGUUGGAGCUGGUAUUUGCGGGUUUGCCUGCGCCACGGCGCUCCGGCCCUAUCACCGUGUAACGAUCCUCGAGCGUUCGCGACUGAACGACGAGGUUGGAGCCGCCAUACUUUCCAAUCCGCCUGCCACCCGUAUCCUCGAAGGUUGGGGCUUCGACUUCGAUAAAAUCGGCAGCCCGUUGGUAUUGAAGAUGACGGAAUACACGAGUGAGGGGGCUGCUCGAGUCUCCUUUGCACCACACGCGAAGGAGACUUAUGGUGCGGACUGGCGGAUGAACCAUAGAGUUGACCUUCAUCGGGAAUUGAGGUCUCUCGCGACGGACCCCAAACGACGCGGCGGUAAUCCAGCCGAGCUUCGUCUAGGCGUGAACAUCCAGUCCGUCAACUGCGAGGAAGCUACCGUCACGCUCGAGUCCGGCGAGGUCAUCCAAGGCGACGCCAUCAUAGGUGCCGACGGUAUUAAAUCCGUCGUCCGUGAGGCCGUCCUCGGUGCCGCAAGCUAUCGCGCGGUGCCAUCUGGUCACAGCGCCUACCGCUUCCUCGUCGACGGUGCCAAGAUCACAUCGGACCCGUCACUCGCGCACUUGAUCACAGACUCGCAGCUCUCUAUCACGCGCACGGAGUCCGGGCGCAUGGUCCUCUACCCCUGCCGCAACCUCACGCUCCUCAACUGCGUGGCGAUCAUGCCAGAUAUCGCGGAGUCCACUGAGUCUUGGUCGCAGGAGGGCGACCCUGCCCAGAUGCGGGAGUUCUUCAAGGAGUAUCCCGAGUUUUGUCGGAAGAUCGUGGCACUGGCGGAUAAGUGCCGUUUGUGGCAGCUGCGGGAUCAGGAUCCGUUGCCGUGGUGGACCAGAGGCAAAGCGAUCAUCCUCGGAGACGCGGCGCAUCCGAUGUUACCUCAUCAGGGUUCUGGAGGAGGCAUGGCCAUUGAAGACGCCGACGCCCUCGAGUACAUCUUUGGCACCAAGCCUGGAUCUCCGUUUUUGAAGACCAGCGUGGAGGACAAGCUGAAGAUCGUGGAAAAGAUACGCUACGUCCGUGCGAGCACCGUCCAAAAUUAUUCCCGAGCCCAAGGCAUGGGUCCGCGAAAGAUUGAGGAAGCAGGAGCAGGGGAAUUGCUCGAUCCCAGGAACUUCAUGCAGACAAUCUUCUCGUACAAGGGAGCCGCGACGGUGCCCAUUUUGUCGGACGAAGAAUUUGAGGAGGCAAAGAGGACGUCGAUACCCAGGGCCAAGCACGGGGAGGUGCUGGUUGAGAAGAAGAACUGA